CACGUCGGCCCAACCAUCGUGGCCGAGCCGUGUCGCCGGACUCCAGCCCGGUUGUUGAAUAUCAAGCCUGGAUGAGAUUGUCGCGGUACCUAUUAUAUUUAAGGGGGGCCGACUUUUAAGCCCUGCAAAUACCACUCCGGUCUUCAACCCAACAUCAGCAGCUGGCUCUGUUUAUCACCUCUUAGCCUCAGACUCGAAUCGAUCGAUCGAGCAUAAUAACAUAGAUUUCUUCUUUUUCUUCUUCUCCAAUACGUUCCGAAAUGGCUGCUGCUCAAAAUAGCUACUUCGUGCCUGGCUUUGGCAUUUCCAGGGCUGUAAUACAGAAUGAGAUACGUUAUCAUUGUGGACCAGACGCAAUAGUGAGGCCGUACACACAUCAGGGUAGAGAUGGAUUCCUCGUGACAACAUCAGGUCCACCAUUGACCAAAGCGCAAAUCGAAGACUUGAAGGACGCUUCUCGGGAUUACGAGGAGAAGCAGGCUAUGCGAGGGGAGGACGACAACGAUGUCUUCGUCAACAAGCCCAUCCCAGUGGGACAAAGGUUACGACGAAGUGCUUGACGCAGCGGAAUUCCACUCGACUCCUCAAAAGGCGAAAGGCGCAAGGCGGAUUGGGCAAAUGGAGUGUUGUUUGUAUUAUUGGAAGUUACUGGAGUUGCUGGAGUUGCUGAAGUUCGACCUUGCUGCUACUUCUGUAUUCUUUUCGGGAUGGCAAUGCCCUAUUUGCAGGAUUUGGCGUCCUGUGAACGUUAUACCACUUAUGUUGUAUUAGCAAAUCGAUUUUCUCUCACUUUCCGGAAG